AAAAAAAAAAAUCAACUUCUGACGGAAAUCCUUUUUUGACAUGGCUUUUGCAGUUUCAAGUAUAAUGUUAAUUCUCCUCCUGUUUUUGUUACCACUCUUAGCCACUUCCCAGCCAUACAGUAAUGUUACCAUGGGUUCAUCAAUAACGGCAGACAAAAAAAAUUCCAUUUGGGUGGUGUCACCAUCUGGAGAAUUUGCUUUAGGCUUCCAGCAGGUCAUUCAGGGACGUUACUUACUGGCCAUCUGGUUCAACAAAAUACCUGAAAGAACCGUUGUUUGGUCUGCCAAUCGUGAUAAUCUCGUCCAAGAAGGAUCAAAAGUUCAACUAUAUGCAGAUGGGAGUUUCGAACUGCGUGAUCCUAGAGGCCAGCAGAUAUGGUCUGCUACUUCGUCUUUUGAUGGAGUGACCUAUGGAUCCAUGCUUGACACUGGUAAUUUUGUGUUAGCAAACAACAGUUCAGUUUUUUUGUGGCAGAGUUUUGACAACCCUACUGACACAUUAUUACCAACACAGACACUUAAUAAAAGUGGCAUACUUGUUUCCAGAUUUUCUGAAACAAAUUAUUCAAAAGGGAGAUUCCUCUUCACAUUAGAAAAUGAUGGAAAUCUUGUGGCUUCCACCAGAAAUUUCCCCACGGAUGACAAAGUUCUAAAUUAUUGGUUAACGAAUACUUCGGACAGUGGCUUCAACCAGGUGAUCUACAACCAGUCUGGCCACAUCUUUCUGGAAGCAGUAAAUGGAAGUGUUCUCUAUUUUAUGUCUCAAGAUGCGCACUCAACUAGUCAGUUUUACCAGAGAGCAAUUCUGGAAUAUGAUGGAGUUCUAAGGUAUUAUGUCUACCCUAAGUCUGCUAAUUCACCAGGCGGGAGAGAGAUGGCAUGGUCCUCUGUAAAAUCCAUACCUUCGAAUAUAUGCAUGAGCAUGGUGCAGAGAAUUACCCCCGCUGCACCAAGGUCAGGAUUUGGUGCUUGUGGUUUUAAUAGUUUAUGCUCAUUGGGAUCUGAUCAAAAACCAAAGUGUGAGUGCCCUGAAGGUUACACUCUCAUAGAUCCAAUUGACAGGAUGAGUGGUUGCAAACCAAAUUUCGUUGUACAAAGCUGUGAUGAAGGGGCACGUGAAACUGACCUUUUU